AGUUGGGUUUUUAUUUUAGGCAGCAGACAGUUGCAGUGCUGCCUCCUCCCCCAUAUUAUAGGACUGCACUGUAUCUUCACCUGGACAUCUUCAAAAGAAGAAGUGAAGCAAAGAUGCUGAAGAAAAGUGUUAUGCUGGCAGCUGCAUUGCUGCUAUUUGGGAGUUCUAUAUUUGUGGCAGCAGGCUACUAUGAUGAUUAUGAUGAGCGUGUCUUAGUGGACAAUAAAUGUAAGUGCGUCAAAGUGACUUCAAAAUUUGUCCCUUCAAAAGAAAAUCCUAAUGAGAAUGUUUUGGAACGUAACAUUGAAAUAAGGAUUCCAUUAACAGCCAGGAUGAACAUCUCAGACCCAACAUCUCCACUGAGAACUAAUUUUGUCUAUGAUCUGUCAAAACUCUGUAAGAACUGUAAUCCUACCAAAAUAGAACUUGGUGGUGAAUCCAUAUGGGCAUCCCAAGGCACCUGCACUUCGGAUUCAGAAGACACAUGCUACACGUAUAACAGGAACAAAUGUUAUACCUGGGGAGUCCCAUUUUCAUACAACGGAAAGACUGUAGUAAAGAGAGUAGCGCUGAAUCCCGAAUCCUGCUAUGAAUAAAUUGUCCUAGCAUUGCAAUAUCCAAAACAUUGCUGUAUAUUUUAUAAAUGUCUUUAGAUACUCAAAAUACUGCCCAAACUAAUGAUAGCCAGCCCUUUUCCCCAUAUAACCUAGUAUUUGCAACGGCAAAGCAUACAUAUAUUAUUUAGCAGUGCUUAAUCCCCUUAUUAUGUUUAUGCCUGUGUUUUAUGUCAUUGAACGACCUUAUUAAUGUCCAUUUUGCAAUAAAUCAGUUUAUUCAGUGCACAAAUAAAUCCACAUUGUGAUUAUU